AUGGGUUGCAGAUUGACAAUCGUGGACGAUGUCCUUAACAGAUCCUUCUACAAACUCGGUCUGGUCGUCGGGAGGCAGCCUGGCUACUUCAUCAUCAUACCAGUCCUCCUCACACUACUCAUGAUCACAGGCUACCAAAGAAUCCAUUAUGAAAUGGACCCAGAAUACCUGUUCUCUCCCGUCAGUGGGCAAGGCAAAUACGAGAGGAGAAUAGUCGAGGAAAACUUCAAAGUCAAUUAUUCACAUCGGUUUAAUGUUGGAAGAAUAACACGAGCAGGACGGUUUGGCAGAGUAAUUAUCGUGGCGAAGGAUAACAACACGAAUAUGUUACGAAGCGAAGUUUGGAGGGAGUUACGACAGUUAGACGAGCUCGUCCAAAACAUGACGGUGACCAUGCCGAACGGAGACACCUUCACUUACAAGGAAGAAUGCGCGCGAUGGGAAGGACAAUGCUUCACCAACGACAUUCUCAACUUGGACAAGAUUAUUGGCGAGGUAGAACGAGGCGAACUAAACUUGACGUUUCCCAUAAUGUUUAAUCCUGUAACAUGGGAGGCCCAUGCAUUCCCAGUGUUCUUCGGAGGCUCCAAAGUGGUGGAUGACAUCAUAGAAUCAGUGCCGGCAGUACAGCUAGUUUGGUUUGUGAGGACAGACACUAAAGCACAAUUGGAAGGAAGAGGUGCAGCUUGGGAAGAUGCUUUUCUGGACACAGUCGGUAUAGCGGAAGACACCGGUCGCUUCAAACAUAUAUCUGUCGCUCGUUUUGCCUCACGAACCCUCGACCACGAACUAGAAAAGAACACGAGAACCGUCAUUCCAUUCUUCAGCUCCACUUUCAUUCUCAUGGGAAUAUUCUCCAUAGUCACAUGUAUGAUGGGCGACUGGGUUCGCUCAAAACCAUGGUUAGGUUUGCUGGGCAACAUAUCUGCUGUGAUGGCAACUGCGGCAGCAUUUGGAUGCGCCAUAUAUUUAGGCAUUUCCUUCAUUGGCAUUAACUUAGCUGCACCCUUCUUAAUGAUUGGUAUCGGGAUUGACGAUACAUUCGUGAUGUUGGCGGCGUGGAGACGAGCAUCUCCGAAGCUUCCAGUACCGGAGAGGAUGGCUAUCAUGUUGUCAGAGGCAGCUGUAUCCAUCACAAUAACCUCCGUUACGGAUAUGCUCUCCUUUUUUAUUGGUAUCUUCUCUCCAUUCCCGUCGGUGCAAAUAUUCUGCAUGUAUUCAGGUCUCGCCGUUUGCUUCACAUUUGUGUGGCAUCUGACAUUCUUCGCUGGAUGCGUAGCAAUAUCAGGAUAUCGCGAAAAACAAAACAGACAUACGAUAACUUGGAUGAAAGUGCUGCCCGAAUCAAGAGCCAGGAAAGAAGAAAAAUCAUGGUUAUACAGAAUGUUCUGUAGUGGAGGUAUUGACGCAGCUGACCCUGACAAUCCAAUAGACAACAAGGAACACUGCAUCAUGGCUUUCUUCCGCACAACAAUGGCAGAUUUAUUGAACAACGGCUACGUGAAAACCCUAGUUAUCGUGGUCUUCAUUGCAUACCUAGCAGGAGCAGGAUACGGAGUGACCAAUCUCAAAGAAGGGCUAGAAAGAAGGAAACUGUCCAAAGUGGAUUCAUACUCUGUUGAGUUCUUUGAUCGUGAAGAUCUGUAUUACAGAGAAUUCCCUUAUAGAAUUCAGGUGGUUAUUAGUGGCGAAUACAAUUAUUCUGAUCCAAUGAUCCAAGAUCAAGUGGAAGCCUUAACAAAGAGCUUGGAGAAUACAUCGUACAUCUCAAAUUCACUGUACACGGAGUCUUGGCUUCGAACAUUCGUCGAUUAUGUAUCUAGAAACAACGAUUACUUGAACGUGACUAUCGAUACUGAGGAUGAAUUCAUUCAGAACCUUAAAGAAUUAUGGCUGUUCCCAGCAAACCCAUUCUCUCUGGACGUAAGAUUCAACGAGGCAGGAAACCGUAUUGUUGCCUCAAGGUUCCUAGUUCAAGCAGUUAACAUCAGUGGAACAAACCACGAAAAGGAGAUGGUCAAAGCACUGAGAGAUGUUGUUGCUCAAUCUCCUUUGAACGCCUCCGUAUUCCAUCCAUAUUUCGUAUUUUUUGAUCAGUUUGAACUCGUAAAACCGACAUCUCUUCAGAACCUUUGCUACGGAGCCCUCAUGAUGAUGAUUACGUCCUUUGUAUUCAUCCCUAAUAUCCUCUGCUCUUUGUGGGUCGCAUUCAGUAUCAUAUCCAUUGAAAUCGGUGUAGUAGGCUACAUGGCACUUUGGGAUAUCAAUCUAGACUCAAUAUCAAUGAUCAACUUGAUUAUGUGCAUUGGUUUCUCUGUUGAUUUCACUGCUCAUAUCUGCUACGCCUACAUGGCAUCUAAAGCAAAGUCCCCUGACGACAAAGUUAGCGAAUGUCUCUAUUCUCUCGGAUUACCCAUUGUUCAAGGCUCCUUCAGUACAAUACUCGGUGUAAUAGCAUUGCUCUUAGCUGACAGUUACAUUUUCUCCGUAUUCUUCAAAAUGGUAUUCAUGGUAAUAUUCUUUGGAGCUAUGCAUGGCCUCUUCCUACUUCCAGUCCUCUUAUCACUGUUCGGUCCUGGUUCUUGUACCCGAAAGAAAGAUGACAUCAAAAUGGCAAAGCUAGAAAAAUGUUACCCGAAUCCCUACUGUAUACCACACCCACAGCUUGUCUUGAAUGACCAAAUAUACAACGGAAAGAAUUUAAAUCCUAAUGGCAUUUAUAAGAUUUAUGGCGAUGACAAGGAUCUAGGAAUAGGCACAUCAGGGGAAGACACCAGCGAAAGUAGUUCCAACCAGUCACAACGGCGGCAAAUAGGUGACGAUGAGAACAGCCGUAAGAAAUACGACGACGGCUGGAAACGAUCUAGUUAUUGCCAGAACUCUUCAAGCCAGUUCCAGCCUUCCGGCGAACUAGAUCUAUAUGGCCACGAUAUGGAUCGUAAUUGGCAACGACAGCGCUAUGAAGACAAUCGUCGAGUUUUCGAAAAUUAUCGGAAACCUCCGACAGUGUCCCGGACGCGCGAUGAUGACUGGGUCUCAUCAACGCGAAAAUCUAGCGACGCCGGGCAGCGUCGCGAGGGUACCUACAGAGUGACACGAGCUCACUCUCACCACAAUAUCCACAGAUCGCGCGCUCCUCGCCGCUCCAACUCUCACCAUAACUUAGAACAUUUAGACUACGUCGCAGAAAUGCGUUUUCCCUGA